CGUUGAUGCACGAAGCACAAUGAGAAUUCAGAAGAAUAAAUGGUGAGAAGUGAAUGUGUAUAUGUACAUAGCCGAGCUGCAAGAAGGCGCUUUUCCCCCGGCUACACUUGGCAAAGCUGCUUCGUAAAUUGGCGCUACAAGUCACAGUGCAUGUAUUCAUUCCCACCUGCACCAAUCUUGUCCAACUUUCUCAUCCAUGCGAGACUUUCCCACACCCACAUGCGCGACGCUACACCAAGCGUGGCACGUUCCCUCCAUCCGAAUUGCGCAGCUUCAACCCAGCAAGCAACUACCCUCGCGCCCGCUUCGUCAACCGCAGAGAGAGGGCCAGCGCCUUUCUUCGCUUUCGACCAAUCUUCGGCUGAACCAGCCUUUUCGCUGCAGUUGUAUAGCUGUCACGCAACGGUACAAGCUAGCUCUGCUCCGCUGUGCCGCCGGCUGAGCUCAGCUCGACUUUGGUCGGACUCGGUGACAUCUCACGCGACAGGCGUCUGCUUCCAGAGACCGCUGGCUGAGCAUCUCUUUUUGCCGACGACUGCCACUCUAUGCAAAGAGUUGCGCCCUGCUGUAGACUUGGCGCAAGUCCUUGGUUACUGGGAAGAGACAAAGUCGGCUCACUCUCUGAUCCCUUGCGCUUUGGCGAGCCAAAGCGGAGAGAAGAGGGUCAUUCGCUCGCCUGUGCAAGACAUAAACAAGCCGACCCAAAAUACGACCUGAUGACCACAGAUUUGUCACGCAACUCUGCAAACAAUCUCGCAACCCUGUUCACCGCGCGCGCUGCGAUCCGCAAAG